AUGCGACGUCACGCAAGGCAAGGCAAGGUAAUGCAAGGCAAGGCAAGGCAAGGCAAGGCAAGGCAAGGCAAGGCAAGGCAAGGCAAGGCAAGGCAAGGCAAGGCAAGGCAGGGCAGGCAAGGCAGGGCAGGGCAGGCAGGGCAAGGCAAGGCAGGCAGGGCAAGGCAGGGCAAGGCAGGGCGAGGCAGGGCAAGGUUGGGCAAGGCAAGGCAAGGCAAGGCAAGGCAGGGUAAGGAAGGGCAAGGCAGGGCAAGGCAGGGCAAGGCAGGGCAUAUACACUCAGGGCAAGGCAGGGCAAGGCAGGGCAAAGCAGGGCAAGGCAGGACAAGGCAGGGCAAGGCAGGGCAAGGCAGGGCAAGGCAGGGCAAGGCAGGGCAAGGCAGGGCAAGGCAGGGCAAGGCAGGGCAAGGCAGGGCAAGGCAGGGCAAGGCAGGGCAAGGCAGGGCAAGGCAGGGCAAGGCAGGGCAAGGCAGGGCAAGGCAGGGCAGGGCAAGGCAGGGCAAGGCAGGGCAAGGCAGGGCAAGGCAGGGCAAGGCAGGGCAAGGCAGGGCAAGGCAGGGCAAGGCAGGGCAAGGCAGGGCAAGGCAGGGCAAGGCAGGGCAAGGCAGGGCAAUGCAGGGCAAGGCAUGGCAAGGCAGGGCAUAUACACUCAGGGCAAGGCAGGGCAAGGCAGUGUAA